AUGGGCCACCCCACCAGGCGCCCCACAGGGACACCCCGCAGCCUUCGAACAGCCCCUCGCCCGCCCCAUGACGGCGCGAGGUGCUGCCCUUGGGCCGCGUCUCCACCAGUGACGCCCAGUGUGCAAUGGGCGAUAGUUCAUGAAGAACGACCGCCCACUGGAGCAAGCCUGGUGGUAAAUGCCUGGGUGCAAUGGGUUAAAAAGAUAGAUAUGGCAUAUCGAAAUGUUAUUCAGCUUCACAUCGUCAAUCAAUUAGAAAAUUGUUUGGAAUACAAUGAGAGGCCGCGAUUCCAAAUAAAUGAUGAUCUAUUUCAAAUCUCAGAACAAUUCGUUAAACUCUUUCGAUUAAAAAAAGAUACUACAAUCAGACUGAUAAAUAUUGUAGAAGAACAUUCAGCAGUACCAUCACGAAUUUCAGCUUUGAAUGUUACUGUACAGGUUUUAACUGCAUUACGUUUUUAUGCGUCUGAUAGCUAUCAAAAUUGCGUUGGAAGUAAUGUUUAUAUGUGUAUCAGUCAAACAUCAGUCAGCCGAUGUAUUCAUAAUGUUAUAAAUAUUCUGAACUUACCAGAAGUAUUUAACACAUACGGGCCUUUAGCCUUGAAGCCAAACGCAUUUCCUACCACAUGCUAUCGCAUGCCUACUACAUAG